GACGGGGAACGGAGCCUCCGGCAGCGGUUUGUGUCAGCCUUGGAAACUCGUAUCUCGGCAGGCGGGAUGAAUCUAGGUAUCACCUAGAAGGCCACAGAGACUGGUCACUGUAGGUACCUACAAAGAAGCCUCGUAGCAGGGGUUUCCCCCACACUCCCACCCGAUGUCAUCUUUCUCCGAUUUUCUGGAUUUCUUUCGGGUCCCAAGGCAACUCGGUCUCUCGCUUUACACAUACUACUCUUUCUCGUCUCCCUCACAUUGUCACCUCCUAUCUAUGUCACCGCCAUUAUGAGCACUACAUCGCUGCCGCCCAAUGCCCCCAUGGCCAAUGGAACCUUCGCCGCGGUCAAUGGAGAAGCUGAUGUAUCGUCUUCGUCGAUCCCCGCCCACAUUCCUGCCUCCCUCUCGCUGCAGGAUGUCUGUGCUCUUCUCCAUGCGCAGGUCUCUUCGUUCCUUUCGGCGGUUCCCGAAGACGAUGUGACCCGGAGAACACAAGUGCAGGCGAGGAUAUCCAUGCGAGUCAUAGAAAAGGCGUUGGAUGAAUAUGAAUUCGAAACACUCUCCCUUUCCUAUAACGGGGGAAAAGAUUGCCUAGUCCUCCUCAUCUUAUACCUCGCCGUCAUCCACACACAUUUCACGCAGCCCAAGAACAGGCGGAAAGAGUUUCCCACCUCCAUCCCCUCCAUCUACGCAAAGCCACCCGAUCCUUUCCCCGCCGUCUCGGACUUUGUCGACUAUUCUGCACGCCUCUACCAUCUCGAUCUAACCCACAUAUCCACAAAUCCUGGUCCGGGAAAGAGACAGAAGUCGCAUUCCAAUCCCCCCGUCUCACCUCCCUUAGAAGCAUUGGGACUAGAUGGUCUUGCGCCCAGCCCGAAGGCCAACCACACCUCCAACUCGUUUCAGAAGUCGUUCGACAAGCCGAUCAUCUCCUUCCGCGACGCCUUUGCCCUCUACCUCUCUUCUAACCCGCACAUCAAAGCCAUCUUCGUCGGCACCCGCCGCACAGACCCGCACGGUUCUCACUUGACUCACUUCGACCCGACCGACCACAAUUGGCCGCCGUUUAUGCGCAUCCAUCCGGUGAUCGAUUGGCAUCUUUCGGAGAUCUGGUGCUUCUUGCGCUCGCCCCACCUCAAAGACAUCGGCGUCUGUGUGAAUGGCAGCGCGAGCGACGGUCGAGGGUCCGAGACGGAGUGCACGACCCCAUUGAGAUACUGUGAGAUGUAUGACGCGGGUUACACCAGUCUAGGGGGCGUCAAUGACACGGUGAGGAAUCCCAAGUUGCGGUACGUGGACGCACACGGGCGGGAAUGCUACAAGCCAGCGUACGAAAUGACGGCGGAUGACGGCGAGAGGCUGGGCAGGGAGUGAGUAAGAAAGGACGAAAGUUGCCCAAGCUUUUCAGCAGGAGUGGUUGACUUGGGAAUGCACCCAUAUCUCUCAAGGGGCAUUGACGCGGGAGAAUGCACAGUCCGCACCGAGAUGUUUAGAAGAGGAUGCAAGAGGGCCUUCCCACCCCCUCUCUAUCCCACGGGAUGAAAUGCCUAUGAUCUAUAGAACUCUUGGAAGCAGCCAUCUAGAAGGAAGAGAAAAAAGCAAAGAAAGCAAUCGUCCAUAGCAUUAGUACGACUUGGUUAUCAUUUCGCACGUGUUCUUCCGUUCAAAUCGAU